GGGCAUGACCUGGCCGGGGGCAGCACCCCACGCCUGGGGCUGGCUGCUGCUGGGUGGCUGCAUCUUGGUCGCUAGAGCUCAGAUGGAUGCUGAUGGCACCGUCACUAUAGAGGAACAGAUUGUCCUUGUGCUGAAAGCUAAAGUGCAGUGUGAACUCAACAUCACAGCUCAGCUCCAGGAAGGAGUAGAAGGAAAUUGUUUCCCGGAAUGGGAUGGACUUAUUUGUUGGCCCAGAGGAACAGUGGGGAAAGUAUCAGCUGUCCCAUGUCCUCCAUAUAUAUAUGACUUCAAUCAUAAAGGAGUUGCUUUCCGACAUUGUAACCCCAAUGGGACAUGGGAUUUUAUGGAUAGUUUAAAUAAAACAUGGACUAAUUAUUCCGACUGUCUUCGCUUUCUACAGCCAGAUAUCAGCACAGAAAAGAAAGAAUUCUUUGAACGCCUUUAUGUCAUGUACACAAUUGGAUACUCCAUCUCCUUUGGCUCCUUGGCUGUGGGUAUUCUCAUCAUUGGUUACUUCCAACGGUUGCAUUGCACUAGGAACUAUAUCCACAUGCACUUAUUUGUGUCUUUCAUGCUGAGGGCUGUUAGCAUCUUUGUCAAGGACAGAGUGGUCCAUGCUCACAUAGGAGUAAAGGAGCUGAAGUCUCUCAUACUGCUGGAUGACAUAAAGAGUUCUACAGAUGCAGCUUCUGUGGAUAAAGCACAAUACAUUGGGUGCAAGAUUGCUGUUGUGAUGUUUAUUUACUUCUUGGCUACAAACUACUACUGGAUCUUGGUCGAAGGUCUCUACCUGCACAGUCUAAUCUUUGUGGCUUUCUUUUCGGACACCAAAUACCUGUGGGGAUUCAUCUUGAUAGGCUGGGGGUUUCCAGCGGUAUUUGUGGCAGCCUGGGCUGUGGCACGAGCGACUCUGGCUGAUGCAAGAUGUUGGGAACUUAGUGCAGGAGACAUCAAGUGGAUUUAUCAAGCUCCAAUCUUAGCAGCUAUUGGGCUGAAUUUUAUUCUGUUUCUGAAUACUGUUAGAGUUCUGGCUACCAAAAUUUGGGAGACUAAUGCAAUUGAGCAUGAUACAGGAAAACAAUACAGGAAGCUUGCCAAGUCCACGCUGGUCUUGGUGCUGGUCUUUGGAGUACAUUACAUUGUGUUUGUGUGCCUGCCUCACUCCUUCUCUGGGCUCGGGUGGGAGAUCCGAAUGCACUGUGAGCUCUUCUUCAACUCUUUUCAGGGUUUCUUUGUGUCUAUCGUCUACUGCUACUGCAAUGGAGAGGUUCAGACUGAGAUGAAGAAGUUGUGGAGCCGAUGGAAUCUCUCGGUCGACUGGAAGAGGACGCCCCCAUGCGGCGGCCACAGGUAUGGCUCAGUGCUCACCACCGUGACUCACAGCACCAGCAUGGUGCUCACAUCUGUCAAAGCCGCCAAGAUGGCCAGCAGACAGCCCGACAGCCACGUGACUUUACCUGGCUACGUCUGGAGCAACUCCGAACAGGACUGCUCACCACACUUGAUCCAAGAGGAGACCAAGGACAGUAACGGCAGGCAGGGACAUGAGAUUUCAAUAGAGGAAUGUCCCAGGCCAUUGCAAUUUAACCCAGACCUUCAAGGAAGGAAAGGUGAUAUUGAGGAUAUUCUUUGAGUCAACACCUGUAACUUUAAAGAGUUGGUCCCAGUGGACGUGUGAGAGAAGCAUGGGUGACAUGCCUCUGUUUCAGCCUCAAAGCUGAAAACACAGGGCUGGGUUCUUGAUGAAAGUCUGCUGGUGCCAUGAAUUGGUUGGCACCUUUAAACAGUAAAGUCACACAGGGAAAUUAUCAGUAGAGUAGACUGUUUCUUCAUCUGGGUGACCUCUUCUGAGCUGAUGUGUGCCACUUGCUUUGCAAUUGUUCAUUUUUCUGCUACUGUGGGAUAGAAAUGUUUUGAUUGCUCGGCUCAAGUUUUCUCCAGUAAUAACCACCCAAACAUAGAGAUCACUUAAUGCAUCACUUUCCACUGGAGAAAUUUGUACAGUAUCCUCUUUAGUGUAUUUCUAUUACUGUAUUCAUUUUGCCCUGGUGUAGGACCAAUUUGAGUCUGAACAUGUUGGUUAAAAGACUAAAAAAAAAAAAUCUGCAUACAGAAAUGCACUGGAAAGUAAGUUGGGUGGAUGUUAAUAGCAUAUUCAAUUUGUGGAAUGAAACAUUUUUUCCCCCUCUAGGAACAAGAAAUCAGCCAAAAGAGCAGAUGGCACAUAUUCCUUCUUUUGAAUGACCCCUAUGUGACCAGUCAAAUCUCAGGUCUCCAUAUUUCUCUCUUUGUAAAGCUUGGCAUGUCACAAGCUUUCUGAUUAGUGAACUUAUGUCUUUCUUGAUGGGAAUCAUGUAUGUUGUUAGUAUCACAGCAUUUGUGUUUUUCUUUCUUUGCUCUAUUACUAUAGUCUCCAGAUGGCAUGUGGGCUAAAUUAAAAGUGUGUUUUUAAAAAA